AAAUUAGAGCAGAAAUCAGGGACCAUCUGCCUUCCCUUUGUAGCUUAUUUCACACAAAAUGCACAAUGUUUCCUUUCACAGGUGAGUCGAGAUAAGCCCUCACAUACUCCUGAACACCGAGGAAAUGCCUCCUUCCCGAUCCAGGGCUCGGCUGACAAAGGCUGGAAAAGAGAAGGUGCUGAACUGUGAGAAAAACUCUGCAGGAGACUCCAAGACCCACUGUGGGAAGCAGAGGGAAGGUAAGAGCAGAGGAGAAGUGAAGGACAAAGAGUCACUGCCUGGACAAGGUGACAGCCUUGGAGAAGAGACAUUAAAAAUCUCAGGGCUGGGGAGGGCUCAGGAAAGCAAAGAAAAUGAACACAAGAAGUUAUUCCGGAGAAAAAGAGGCUGCAGGAGAAAUGAUAAAAGUGAAUCUGGUUUGGGGAGAAAACACAGAGUGUCCAGGAUGGAGGAGAAAAAAGGAAAAGUCUGCAAGAAAUGGGAAAUGACAUCAGGGCAGGAGAGUGAGGACAGCAGUGACAAAGAGGGAAAAACCAUCACAAACAGAAAGAAACAGAGUUUUAAAAAGAGGUGUGGAAAGAGACUUGGUGUUCGUGAGACAGGCACUGAGCUGGGGGCUGUAAAGGUGACCACAGUGCAAAGUGCUGAAGGUUCUUUUCAGAAACAGAACCCCAGGGGAAGGCACAGAGGGAAUCAGGACUUCAAGGAGGUUUCUGAGCAGAAAUCAAGUUCUCAAUCCCAAGGCAGCACAGCACAGGAAAAAGGUGAGAGGACUAGGAAAAAGCAAGUUGAACAUCUCACCAGGAUUGUCAUCACUGAAAGUGAGGAUGAAAAUAUUCUGGAAACCUCAGGUAACUCCUGCUCUGACUCCAGCAGUGAAAGCCAUGGAAGCCACAAAACAGGCACAAAGGAGGCUGUGAUGGGCAGUGGGGAGAAGAGCAGCUCUUCAGAGGAGGAUGGCAGCAGUGAGAAAGAAUCUGUGCUCCAAGAUCCUCCUGUGAGUGAAGGAGAAGGCUACAAGGAACUGGUUUAUGAAAACAAGGAAGCAUCUGUUGAACCUGAAAAGGAGCAGGGGACCACAGGUGGAAAAAUGGAACCUGAGGCUGAAGGCACUGGAUUUGCAGGACUGGAAGCAGAGGAGAAGAUGAGGAAGCCAGACAAGAUGCUGAGACAACCAGAAUGUGCUCCAGCUGAGAGCAGUGAGGCAGAUGAUCAGUUAAGCACUUCAGGACUCCAAGUUAAGAGUGUUAAGAACAGGGAAAAAAUUGAAGUAGACAAGGAAAAGAUAUUAGAAAAUGACAGAGUUAAAGGUAUGUCAAAAGAUGGACACGUGAAUUCUGACAGCAGUGGGGAGAGCAGCACUGCAGGGAGCAUUGAUGAAGUAAAAGAAAACAAACCAGAACCACUCCCAACUGCUGUGAAAGCAAAACUCCACGUUCACCUUAGCAAAUAUGAGCAGGAAGAGAAGGUGAAUGAUGAAGGCAUAGAGUUGGAAGGUGUCUCUUUGCUCUCCAAGCAGCAGAGGACAUUGAAGGAGAAAACUGGGAAGUGUGAGAUCCCAGAACAAGGUGAAGAGGCUGGACACAGACAGAGGGACAAUUCAGAAUGCAGCAGGCAGGACCUACCAGCACUGAUGCUUACAAAGAAAUGUUCUUCUCAAUCCCAAAUCCCCCUCAGUCUGGAAAAACAGCACCAAAGUGCUGAGACCAAACUAUCAGCAAGGCAGAAACCAAAUCCUGCCCAGAUGGCUUUGGGAACCAGCUCAGACCUGGACAAUGUUGAAAACAUCUGCUCAAAACCCAUGAUUCUAGAAACUCCCAGUAAACAAAAAGAACCCAACACAGCCCAGAGUUUUGGAGAGAAAAGAUUAAAUACAUCAAGCUGCUCCACAAUUGCAAAAAAAUCGUCUGAUAAGCAGCUCCUUGGAAAGACAAAGAAAGUUGGAAAAGUUAUUGGAAAAGUUAAACAGAGUUCAGGCCAGUCUAUAAAGGCAAAAAAAGAGAAAGCAAAAGAAGUAAUUGCAGAGGCACCUUCUGAAGCAGAACCUGUGCACAGUGGGGAAGGAUCCAAGCACUUGCACACCCGUUCUGCUUUUAGAAAAGUCACCAGCUGGCUUGGCCAAAAACCUGCCAAGAAAACAAGGCUGAAAGCUCGACUGCUGAGUGUGGCACGUGCAAUUGGUGUCUCCAGAUGGCUCUUGAAGAAAUUUGGGAAGAAGAAGAGGAGCAGCAAACCUUUUGGAUUCAGAAGCAGAAUGGCAAUCCGGAUUCUGAGCACUGCUGGGUGGGUGGGUCGGUCUGGCAAAGCCUUCCCUGGUGCAGCUGGACAGCUGGACAGGGCUGAGCUGAGGCACAAAGAAUCUUCUGCUUCCUUAGUGGGGGGGAAAGGUGGUCCUGAAAUGGUAGAGGAAGUGGAACACAUUGAUUUUCCUCCUGGUGAUUCCUCUCUUCAUAGAACCAGCUCCUUUCCAUGCCUGGGUGAGAACAGUGCUACUGAUGCCAAGUUUGCUGUGGUGUUCCCCAGAGUCCACUGCUUGGUGAAGGCUCGGAACUCCUUGUCCAGGGGCUCUGGCAAUGCUUAUUCCCUACAGAAACUGAAAUCUCCAUCAGAGAGAAAAUCUGUCACUCCUGUGCAACGAGGUUCCAGAUUCCAGUGUGACCUUCCCAGAUCUCUGAUGGAUCCAAGCCAGAGAAACAGUGAGCAGGGCUUCCCCCCACGUGGAGAAGAGCCAGUUCCUCCAUCAGAUUAUUGCAGUGAGGGAGAUGCCAAGGAGGGUUCAGGUGUUCUCCAGACUGCAGGAUCCAUGGUCACUCCUGCUGUGCACUGGUCCCAGCAGCAGGGCCAGGGAUGUGACCCUGCAGCGUGGCUGAGCUCCCAGCUGCUGCUGCCACGGGCAACCAUGGAGAACCUGAGCAAAUGGGCCAUGUCCAGGGACCCCCAGCUGGCCAGCAGCCGUGUGAGGGUCUGCAAGGACCAGUGGGAGGCAGAAGAUGUUGCUGAUGAUGUGCUGGAGAUGGAGUUCAUGCAGAAACAGGUGUACGUGUGUGAAGAGCACUGUGCAGAAAUUGAGGAGAUUGAAGAUCUAACCAGACUGGAGGAAGUCUCUGAGAGCUCAGUCCUGCUGUGCCUGAAGAAGAGGUUCCAUCACAAUCUCAUUUAUACUUAUAUUGGGCAAAUUUUGAUUUCUGUGAAUCCUUUCAAAGACCUCAGUAUCUACUCUGAAGAUGUGGCUACCAAGUAUCAGCAAGGGACUCUCUCAAAGAAUGCCCCACACAUCUUUGCCAUAGCAGAGAUGGCUUACAGCCUGUCCCAGUCCUCAGGGCAGCAGCAGUGUGUCGUCAUCAGUGGGCACAGUGGAUCAGGUAAAACUGAAGCUGCCAGAGCCAUUGUGCAAUACCUGACCAUGCUGCACCAGGGACCUGGCAGCCACAGGAUCAGACAGCCCUGCAGUGUCCUACCCAUCCUGGAGAGUUUUGGAAAUGCCAGAACCAUCCUCAAUGACAACUCGAGCCGUUUUGGAAAGCUGCUGAAUGUCCACCUUCGACAUGGCAUCGUGGUGGGAACAUCCAUCUCCCAGUACCUGCUGGAGAAGUCUCGUGUGGUGUUCCAGGCCCAUGGUGAGAGGAACUACCAUGUGUUUUACGAGCUGCUGGCAGGGCUGCCCGUGGAGCAGAAAGAGGAGAUGUACCUGCAGGAGGCUGAGUCCUACUUCUACCUGAACCAGGGCAGAGCAUGUGAUGUCCUGGGCAAGGAGGACAGUCGGGAUUUUCUGGUCUUGGUGCGAGCUCUGGAGGGAAUCAGCCUCUCCGAAGAUCAGCUGAGCUGCACCUGGGCUGUCCUGGCUGCUGUGCUGCAGCUGGGGAACAUCUGCUUUACCUCCUGUGAGAAAGAAUCCUUUGAGCAUGCAGCCAUCGCCAGUGGCACUGAGAUUCAGAUUGUGGCCAAUCUGCUGCGGGUGUCAGCAGAGGUCCUGCAGAGAGCUGUCACUCACCGUGUCACUGUUACAUCUUAUGAUCGGAUCUUCACCCCUCUGUCUGUAGAAGGAGCCAUUGAUGCCAGGGACUCCAUUGCCAAGGCUCUGUACUCCCUGCUCUUCGAGUGGCUGCUGCUGAGGAUCAAUGAGUGGUUGGCUCCCUGGGAGUCUGACUGUGCCGUGGGCAUUGUGGAUAUCCAUGGCUUUGAGGAUCUGGGAGUGAACAGCUUAGAGCAGCUCUGCAUCAACUUUGCCAAUGAGCACCUCCAGUGGUUCUUCAGCCAGACUGUCAUUGCCCAGGAAGAGGAGGAAUACAGCCAGGAGCAGUUAGCUUGGAUUCCCAUUUCCAAGAUGCACAAAGAGUCGUGCCUGGAUUUCCUUACUGCAAAGCCCCACGGCAUCCUGUGCAUCCUGGAUGACCAGACAUGCCUGACUCAGGCCACAGACCACACUUUCCUCCAGAAGUGUCAUUACCACCAUGGGAACAGCCCUUGGUACACCAAGCCCAAGCUGCCUUUGCCAGAGUUCACUGUGCAGCACUAUGCUGGCCCUGUCACCUACCAG